AUGUCGAACAGGAAGGAAAAGUCCGAAAUUAAAGAAGAGCAAGAAAAUGAGACGGAGAAACCGAAGGAGCUGCAAGUUACAGCACAAUCCGUGGAACAUACACGUUACAGACUUACAAAAUUAUCGAAAAUGAAAGCGAUUCGUUUGAAGAAUAAAAAAGAGAGAAGGGAAGCAUUUUCGCAGCGAUUCAGGAGACAAAAGUUCUUCGAUUCUUUGAUUGAAUUGAGGACGAAUUUCUUGCAAGGACAAUGGGAUCGAACUUGCCAUUGGAGAGAAAGAAGACUUAUACGCGAGAAAGUUCGCUUGAAACAUGUUACGAGGAUAAGAAUGAAGCACGAAAUUCACGAAAUUUUACCGCCUGAUUCUAUAGUCUUCGAUAAAAUUUUGAAAUGCGAACGGGAGAGGAGGAAACAGGUAAAACUUCGAAACCAGCGAAUGAUUGAAAUUGUUCAGAAGAUUGCUCGAGAGAUGCAAACAAAGAAGAAGAAAUGUUUAAGGAAAGUUGUGCUUGAAAGCAUUAUUGAAGAAAGUACCGUAGAAUUCUCUAUGGAAAGUUUUGAAGCAGAGUUAGAGAAAGAGGGGGGUAAGGAAGAACUUGCAAAAUCAGACGAAACUAAAAAAUUAGAAGAAAGUAGUCAUGAAAUAAAAAGAAACGAGGGAGAGGUCGAAGGAGAAGGAAGGAUUUCUUUAGAAGACAAUAAGAAUAUUCAGCAGUUCGCAUUAAAAAACGAAUCCAUGUCAUCGACUGCAGAAUCUUUUCCAAAAGACGACUGUUUUUUCUCGAGUCCAAACACCGUCAUUUUCGAAGACUUCAAAGUCGGCAGAAAAUACUCCAGAAGAGUGAUGAUCACCAAUAAAACAUCCAAGUGGGCGUACUUACGAUUUAACAAAGUGUACACUGAAGUUUGGGAACCAAGAGUUAUCGAGAUCGACAUCAUGGAAGCUGCGAGAGUAAAACCAGGUAUGCAUGCGACGAUCAGCGUGAGAUUUUCACCGAUCCACGACGAGAAAGUGACAGCUGAGAUUUCUUUCCUCACACUGAAUUCCAAUAAUACGAAAACUUUCCACGAAUUCCGUAUUCCCGUCGUCUGCACGCCCGAGAAUCCUCAACCUAUUCUGGAUCCUGCAGAGAUCAGGUUCCCCACAAGCCCAAUGUGGAGAUUCAACGAGUCAAGGUACAACCAGAAAACUCUUACCGUCUCGAACGAAGGCCGAAAAUCCUUUUCUAUUCUUAUCGGGGAACAAGUAUCUGAAAUCAUUUGAGCAAUGUCAUCCGAUUUACCUUUAGAUGAAGAUGAAAAUUGGAAGUAUAGUAAUAGGGACAGUAACGAGAACUCUGUAGAAGAACCUCGAAAAAUCUUCCAGAUUGAAAUUCCUUCGAAGUUCAAGUGCCUUCUAAAGAUUACUUUUCGUCCACGAUAUAUUGGAUUACACCAUGAAGUCAUGAAGAUUUGCUUCUUUUGUGAUGAUCGAAUAUUCGGCGAACAGGAUAUUCCAAUCUGGGCGGAAGUAACAGGGUCCCAAAUUCACCUAGAUCCUCCAUGCAUCGAUCUCGGUGUCGCGAUGAUGGAUUCAGAUGUCUGCCAACAAACUUUUAACAUUAUUAAUACUGGGCGCUCCAGCGUGCAGAUUUCUAUGGGAACGCCAAAACGCUUGGGGAGUCAAGUAACGGUUUACCCCAGGUCGACGAUCUUGCAACCUGAAGCAUCUUCCACGAUCAGCGUUAGACUGAAACCUGAAUCCUCCAUUCCACACCUGUCCAGACGCUAUUACGAUGCAACAUCCAGCAUCCUAGAGUUCCCUCUUCACGUGCAGAUUUUAACUCAAAAAGAAGAGAAGCCACCUCCGUUGAUUUUGAAGGUUCUGGCGAGUUUGACCACCUUUCGCGGUUUGGUCCUAGAACCAGCGGACAUCGAUCUGGGUGUCGUCUACACGCACGAGUCAGUCUACACGGAAUUAACGCUGACAAACGAUUCACUGUUGAUUCAAGAAUACGCUUUCGUUUUUCUGCCACCGUUCAUGGAGAUACAGCCGAACCACGGUCUCGGGACUGUUUUACCAGGCGAGACUAUCAAACUCCAGCUGAUUUACUCAGCAUGUCCGACGGACAUCCCUGGAAAUGAGAUCGGGGCGAAUGGGUUGGUCGCGAGAGAAAAGUCAGCUACCAGAUUUCAGAUACAAGCGGUAACUCAGGCGGAGCUGGUUGCGCUUAUGAAAGAGAUUAAAAUCAGCGAACUGAGAAAUAUCUAUGAUUUGGAGAAGGUAAAUCUACGAAAUCGAGGGCUUCCCCCAUCUGUAGAUUUUGAACCGUUCGAAGUAGUAUUGAGUAAAGAUGAUGAAAAUGACGAGGAUUCUGGUAAUACGAAUCGUCGAACUGUUAGUGACGUCUCUGUGGAUGAAAAAGAUCCAGAUGUUGAGCAGACUUUGGGCGUCUCAGUGAGAAGUUACGAGGAUAGAAGAAGAGAAAAAAAUGUGAUCAAUGUUCUGGUUCAUAUUGUGAACACGUUGUGCGAGAUGAGCGAACAGAUUCUUGAAUUUCCAGGGACACCUUGCGGCUCUUUUUCCGUGGUCGCCGUGCAUCUGAGAGGCUACAACAUGGCCUCCUAUCCCCGUUGUACCUGCGGGAUAGCGAAGAAUCAAGAGAAACGAUUCACGGCUCACUUCGAAUUCAAGAGUUCCUCUGGUCGAGUGAAGAUUGUGCCACAGUGUGGUACUUUGCGGAGCGAACAGUUCGUCAAGGUUUCCUUCAUUUUCAAGCCGAGGUUACCCAGAAGUGAACCGAUGAUCGAUGAACCAAAGGAGGCAUCUAAGAAGGAUGAUAGGAAAAAGAAGAAAAAAAGAAAGACAGAUGAAGACGAAGAGGAGACCGACGUUGAUAAACCGUCAGAGGACGCCCCUCUGCUGGAAACCAUCGAUCCACGAGUCUCUACAAUUUUUAUAACCUGUUCGAUCGAUUUGGAUUUUGACGACAGCACAAGAAGAAACGAACUGCUGUUUGUGAAGUUAAUUUGCCCCGUCACGAGACCAGAAAUCCUGAUUCUGAACAAGAAUCCUGUCAUUGUAUUUGGGCCGACGGCGAUCGGUACAUCUUCGAGGAGAUUCUUGCUCGUCAAGAAUAUUUCCAACAAAAGCGUAAAAGUGGAUCUGAGUCUGCUGGAUCCAUAUGGACCGUUCUUCAUUCCACCCGGAAAAACGAUCGAGACUGGUUCGGUUCUGAAUCUUCCAGUGACUUAUCAACCUAUUCACGCGAACGAAGAAGAAGAGUUUUUCGAGGUAUCCAGCUCGAGAACCAGGACAAGGUGGCGUGUGAAAGUCAGCGGGCGAGGAGUGGUGCCAUCUUAUGUCUUGAAACCUUAUUUCAGAGUCGUUCGCUUCGAAGUUACCGAUGACAGACCGAUGGAAGCGAGAAUAACCAUACAGAAUACUGGAGACUGUCCGCUGACUUUUCGGCUUCGCUGGAAAGACGCGUUUCAGGGAAAUAUUCCGGAGCUUCCUGAUGGAUCUCCGGCGAGAAAGGAGAAGAAGAAGAAGGGAAAAUCCGACGGGAAAAGCGGGGAAAUAUCGGCAAGGAAGGUGAAAUUCGACCAAGUACUUCGACAACAUGAGGAAUCGGCGAUAUUCGGCGGAGGAUUGGAAAGAUGUUUGGAUCGUGACUGUUUCUCAUUUUGGAAUCUCGACGAGAAUAUGCAGUUGCUGGUGUCUGAACGAAAGAAGAUGGAAUUCGGUGUACGUUUUCAACGGCCGAGCAACGAGGCAGCUGUCGCGAGCGGCAAGUCGGCGGGGAAAUCGACGAAGGGAAAGAAGAAAAGAAAAGAAUCGCCAAAAAGGAACGACAUCGAGAAAUUAAAUUAUUGUUACGUAGCCGUGCUGGAAUUAACGCUGGGAAGUUCGUUGCUCGUGCAAGACUUCGUUGUAAUAUCCGUGUUGAAAUAGAGAUUCCGAUAUCAAUUUUGUCCACGACGGA